AGGAUUUUUACCUCAACUUUCAACCGAACCCUUCUCAAGCACGGUAACUUGAAAAGAAAAAAAGAAAAAAAAAUUUUAGCGCAGCUUUUUUUACGAAGAGACGGCAGAAAUACUUGUUACUCAUAAUCCCGGAAUCAAGGUAUCAUCGAUAACUGCUUUUACCGGGUUUCCGCAGAAAAAAAAAAUAUACAAGCUAGGUAUAUUAAAUGAAAUUAAGAGACAUGCACCACUUACGCGCUUCAUAUAUGUCGAGGCGUUUUCUUCUUUUCUUUUUCUUCUUUACUAUUUCCAUGACAGCCCCGGUCUGUGGGGAGGAAGGGCGGGAUUGUCCAAAAGCAGUGAUACUCUAUCGGCAGGAAUCCUAUUCGUCAAGGAGGCGUCGUGAUACGAACAUUAUUAAGUGUAUUAUUACCUAUAUUUGGCGCUGCUAUUAUGUAUUUCUGUGGCGCCUUAUAGCUUUCUUAGACUACCGACGCCAUUAUCACUUGGACGAAUUAUUUCGGUCUCGGUUGCUCUUAUGGGGUUGGGCUCUGGUUCGUCGCUUAUUCUUUGUAUUUACAUCCACGUGGGUUCGAAAACCGAUCCGGGAUCUUCCCCCCCCGUACCCCCUUCUCUUUACGAAGUUCGCCGGGUUCCCUGGUAACGGACCACGUCCAAUUUCAAUCAAGAAUACCUAUUCCGUAUGCUUUACCACUUAUUCAUGUCGCACGACAUGUGCCGUACAUAAUCCGUACAUCUAGACGAUAUAGGGGCCUAUCUAUCACCAUGUUUAGACCUAGGUAUUGCUAGUCACGAUUAGUCACGAUGCAUCAGCUGGGCGGUAUGAUAACUUGCAGGGGGUCCCCCCCAACGAUCUAACCUAGCCCAGGAGUUCUCGAGCAGCAUUCCCAAAGAUACACCAGAUUUGGUCCAUCUUUACUUGAGCGGAGAUAACAUUCGAAGGGAACCCUUUUUCAGCUGAGCUUAGCCCUAG